UGCUCUGUCAUGUAUAAUAAACGUCACAGUAUUAACCACCGUAUAUCGGUCUUAAAUCUCUCAAUUCGCACCGUACACAUUUCUCGGCAACGGCAUCACCAGAAAAGAAGCUCGGGAAUUAAUGAAUUAUUUCGUGCAAGUAGCAGAAAGGCAGAUCCCAGAAAGCAACAACCCACCAGCCCAGCUAAGCCCAAAGCCUAAGCUCACUGACGAAGCUGACAACCAUGGGCUCGAGCUCGUCUAAGCCGGAGGCGAGUCAAUCCUCAUAUAUCUGGAAGGCAUCCUCGCCCGUAGGCGUCUCACACGAUGUCCUUGAAACCCUCCAGUCGAGUAGCGAAACCGAUACCACGCGCGCGCAGACCCUCGAGCUAGUCGUACAAGCGCGCGUAGCCGACGAACUUAAGAAGCUCGAGGCGCAGGAGACGGCAGCACUCAAAGAAGCCUUAGACAAGGUCGCGGAGAGCAGCGUGGAUGACGACAAUAACAAGCAGCUGAGCACGCCCGCCGUGUCCAAGGAAAUCGAGGCCCUCAGGGCGCGCCUCGAGAAGCGCAAGCAGCUGCGGCCGCUCCCGGACACCGUCGAGCAGGCCCGCGGCAGCGUCGUGCGCUGCCUACUCGAGAACGACCGGCGCCCGCUCGACUGCUGGCGCGAGGUCGAGGCGUUCAAGGAGGAGGUCAGGAAGCUCGAGAAGGAGUGGGUUGAUAAGGUUGUCUCGUGAAUGAGGCUUCUUUUUUUUAACUCUUAGGAGAAUGAUUGCAGAGAAUACCGGGGUAGAAGAAGAGGAGGGAGAAAAAAUCACUUCUUCGAAAGAUGCCUCGUUAUCUACCACCACCACCCCUUCCAAUCGCCCUAGUAAUUACUUACCUACCUAGGUA